UCCACAUUCCACAAGAGAAGUAAAGCGUGGCGGUUUGUCAUCCUUCCAAACAAUUUACAACAUUCUUCCAUCCUCUCUUUCCUCAUUAUUCACACACUCAAAAUUUCUUUUUUUUUUCUCCGCCAUUUUUACUUCAAUCUUCAAAGUGCGCAAAAACUUUGAAGCUGAAAAUGACAGCUGCAAUUGCUAAUCUUCAACAACUUAAUUUUGAUAGCAGGGGUAUCAUCAGUUUCACUGCACAAACUCUAUCAUUUUUCCCUCCUAUUAACUCUUCUCAUCACUCUCUUUUUAGAGGUGGAAUUACUUCUCAAAUAUGGGGUAAAAAAGUUACAAAUUUGAGGAAGAUAAUGAGCAACAAGAAAUUGUUGUCUAAUAAAUCCGUGGUUACAAGAUGCAGUGGUAGUUCUGGGUCUAAUGAUACUGUGGAAGAGUCUUCAAGUCAAGAUAAGCAGGCGGAAUUUGGUUAUAACAGGAAGGAUGUGUUGCUGAUUGGGUUGGGAGUAACGUUUUUUGGAGUGGCAUUGAAGAGUGGAUUGGAGUUUUUUGGAGUUGACCCAUUACAAGCAGGAAAUGUUGUUCAGCUAUUGGUAGUCUUGGGCAUGACAAUUGGAUGGAUUUUGUCAUAUAUGGUUCGGGUUGCAAAUAAAGACAUGACAUAUGCUCAGCAGUUGCGGGACUAUGAGAGCAAAGUGAUGGAGAAACGGUUGGAGGGCCUUACUGAAGCAGAACUUCAAGUUUUACUUGAGCAAGUUGAGGAAGAGAAAAGAAGUGUGGCCAACCGUAAGCAGGUUAAUUAGCAAUACAUGGUUAGCAAGUGAAAUUACUUUUUUGUGAUCAAGAUAAAAUGUGUAUAAUAUGCUUCAUAUUGGUUGGAGGUUUGUGGUUAUAUGCAAUGGUAUGCCUAUGUGAGUUGCUACUUGACAAUCACAACUCCUACAAAAGCCUCAGUUUGUACAUUAUUGGUCAGGUUGUAUUCCUUGCACUCAAUGGUUGCAUUAUUUGCAGCUUAUACGUAGCUAGUGUUGAAUUUCCCAGGAACCUACAAUAGAGAAAUUUAAGAUUAACAGAUUAAAGUUCCUCCAAUUUUUAUUUUUA